UUUCGCGUUAAGGGGUUUUUCUAGGGCGUCGCGUCUCUAAUAACGCGCCCACCUAUUUAACCUAGGACAACCUUUCGAUCUUUUUUAAUAAUCAGAAUUUCUCACAAUUCUAUAGUUCAAUUAAUUCUUCGAUUAUACCUCUUUUUCUAUUAAAUUGUCUCAUUCUAGACGAAUUUAUAGGAAUAAGAAAAACAUUCACGCUGCAUCCGCUACGUCAUUUACGACACCUUCCGACGUGGGAUUUCAGUCGAUUAUUAGCUCGACCUCGACCACGACCUCGGUCUUCAUACAUACAAUUGGAACUGCAAUUGCAGUUUCUAAUCAAAUUCACAUCCAGAACUUUCUACACAAUGUCUUCACAAAAGCGCAAGGGCGAUAAUGCCCUCUCACCCUCCGACUCGAACAAGAAGCCCAAAGUAAACUCGAGCAUAACAUCAUUCUUCGGUGCUCCUAAGAAUGCACCUGCUUCCUCACCCUCUGGGAAAGGACCCGGAAGCUCGCAACCCGAAGCGCCCGCCUUAAAGUUCAAUAAGGAGAAGUGGGUAGCUGGUUUAACAUUAGAGCAGAAGCGUCACCUCCAGCUCGAGAUCCAGACUCUUGAUCCAUCAUGGCUAGCCCAUCUCAAGGAUGAGAUCGUCAAACCUGAAUUCAUCGAACUGAAGAAGUUCCUCGAGAGCGAGGUUAAAGCUGGGAAGAAAGUAUUCCCGCCGAGGGAAGACGUUUACUCAUGGUCCCGCCACACACCCUUCCACAAAGUAAAAGUCGUAAUCAUAGGGCAAGACCCAUACCACAACUUCAACCAAGCCCACGGCCUAGCCUUCUCCGUCCGCCCUCCAACAAGAGCCCCUCCAUCCCUAAAAAACAUGUACAUCGCGCUGAAAAAAGACUACCCAACCUUCGUCCCGCCCCCCAAUAACGGUGGUCUCCUAACCCCGUGGGCAGAGCGCGGCGUACUAAUGCUAAACACCUGCCUCACCGUCCGCGCGCACGACGCAAACUCGCAUUCAAAACGGGGCUGGGAAGCUUUCACGCAGAAAGUAAUCGAUCUCGUAGCGCAGAAACGCACACGCGGAGUCGUGUUCCUAGCUUGGGGUUCGCCGGCGCAAAAACGUGUUGUUAAGGUGGACACGAAUAGACAUUUGGUAUUGAAGAGCGUGCAUCCGAGUCCGUUGAGCGCGUCGCGGGGAUUCUUCGAUUGUGGACACUUUAAGGCUACGAAUGAGUGGUUGAAGGGGAGGUAUGGUGAGGAUGGCGUUAUUGAUUGGGAUUUAAAUCCUAAUGCUGAGGCUAAGAAGGAGGUGCUUAAGAAGCUGGAGGAAGAGAAGAAAGGUGAGGAGGGAGAGGAUGAGGAUGAUACUACGCCCGUUGUAGCUGUAGGUGAGGUUGAAGAGAAGGGUGAGGAGGAGAGCAAGGUCCUGCAGAAAGAGGAUGAGGAAGGAACCGCAAAGACGCAAGAUGGUGAUGAGUCGGAUUGAGUCACCUACCUAGUUUAUUGUACAUUACUUGAGGGUUUGAGGGUAAGGCGUUCGGGUGUUUCUCGCCCUCGUCGUGUUACUGCUCGGCGUUGUGCGGUGUAAAUGGAUGGAUGGAUAGGCAAGGCAUUAGCCACUGGCAUGUCAAGAUUGUACAGGUAUAACAAAAAAGUGCCCUUAGGAAGAAGUGGUACAGUGUAAAUGAGUAAUAGCUGGCUAAAUUGUAUAAGUCUUGGUAUAAAAUGACGAUUUCUAUAUCCGGAGUGCUAUCAAGAUUGUUCUAAUGUUCAGCAUCAACUUAUCUCUGC